AAUCUGAGGCGGACACUUCCCUGUGUUUCCUUGUUAGUAAAAGCGUACUAUCAAGUACCCGUCGCCAAGGAGGAUAUUCACAAGAACGCAGUUACCACACCUUUUGGACUUUUUGAAUUUUUCGUCAUGCCUUUUGGUCUUCGUAACGCUCAAACUUUCCAAAGAUUAAUGAAUUCACUACUCAGUGAUUUAGAUUUUGCUUUUUGCUAUCUUGACGACAUUCUUAUAGCUUCCAAAAAUGAACAAGAACAUAUUGCCCAUUUGCGCAUUAUUUUUAAUCGUUUAUUACAAGCCGGAAUGUCAAUUAACGUAUCCAAAUGUCUUUUUGGAAAAAAGAACUUUCUUUUCUCGAAUAGUUUCAAAUCAAGGUAUUAAGGGGUUAUCUCUAGUUAGAAAAGACGAAAAAAUCGAUUUUUAGGUUUUUGCAUAUUCUAAAAGUAUGCCAUCUCAAAAAUGUUUUCUGAAAGUUUCAUAUUAAUCAAACGAAAAUUGACAAAGUUAUGCGAGUUUGAACGUAGGGACCGCUCCGAGAGCAGGUAGCGCGCGGCAGCAAGCAGCGCGCAGCAGCUGCGCACCUUAUGAAAACAUUACUGUAAAUAAAAAAAAUGUAUCGGUCACGUCCAAAAAAGAAUGGGCACGCGAUUACGUGAGUGUAAAAAGAAAAAUAAAGGGCUCGGCGGCAAAGGCAAACUAACCGGUAAAAUGAUCGAUAAGUUAACGGUUUACUAUGGUCUAGCUAUACGUAGAAAUUAUGACUCAGCAGAGAAUAUGAAAACAGCUAUUUGGGCUACACAUAAUCACUACAGUUCAACAAACGAAAAUCCGAAACAUGACCUCUGCCCGGCGGGAGCGGAAUCGUGGUGCGAAUGGCAGCGCGCAUACGCAGAGUUACCAAGCAAUCAGAAGCAAAAAAUAAAAAGUUUUAUACACACCUACGACGCUUUGCCGAUUGAUGUUUUAACGGCUAUCGAGCCAAUUUACAAGGACUUGAGUAAACAAGAGUUAUUAGAUCGAUGUGUUGGUGGAUUUACGCAAAAUAACAACAAAAGUUAUAAUCAACUGAUUUGGAAAAUCAGUUCAAAAAUUCUUCCAGGCGGCUUAAUACCAAUCGAAAUAGCUGCAUAUGUGUCAGCUUGUGUUUUUAAUGAAGGCUCAAAGGCUUUGUUACAAAUAAUGCAAGCGAUGGGAGUUUCUACUGGCCCAAAUGCCCAUGCAUUCGUGGCAGACGAAGACGAGGGACGCGUCACUAUUGCCGAGCGCUGCGCGCAAGAAAAUACACAAGAGGCCAGAAAGCAUCGUAGACAGAAGAAAAUUGAUGCUUUGGAGGUGGCUUCGGCAGCAGAAGGCUUACUUUAUGGGCCUGGAAUCGAUGAUUCUGUAUAAUCCAGAUUCGAGCAGCAGUGGACACCGCAAAACCAGUUUUUUGAAAGGGCCUUCAGGAGGAUGGACGUAUCUUUUUUAAUUAUUAAUAUUUUUUAUUUAAAAAAUUAUAUUACAUUCAUAAAAAUAUAUUCUCUCACAUAGACCAACCCAAUUUUAAACAAGUCUUAUAGUUAAUGCAAAAAAAAUUCUCAAAUCUAUUUUUCGGCUUCCUGACUAGGGAUAACCCCUUAAACCUACAACAGAAAAAGUAAAAUAUAUUAUUGAUUAUCCUAAACCUAAGACAUUUCAUGAUAUGCGUAGAUUUAUUGGCAUUAUCAAUUAUUAUCGUCGUUGUCUUAAAAAUACAGCCGAACAUCAAGCUUUACUUACUGAAUUUUUAAAGGAUAGUAGCAAGAGAGAUAGAAGAGUUAUCCAUUGAAAUAAUGAAUCUGAAGUAGCCUUUCAAAACUGCAAAGAAGAACUUCUUCGAGUUACUACUCUUUCUCAUCCUGUACCUCACGUUCCUUUGAUUUUAACUUGUGAUGCCUUUAAUUUUGCUGUUGGAGCGUCUCUAGAACAAACCAUCGGUAAUGUUAAUAAACCUAUUGCAUUCUUUUCUAAAAAAACUUGAUCAAACUCAGAAGAAUUAAAGCACUUACGAUAGAGAACUUCUUAGUAUUUAUUUAGCUAUCAAGCACUUCAAAUAUUUACUUGAAGGACGUCAACUGAUUAUUAGAACAGAUCACAAGCCUUUGAUUUACGCUUCCCGUCAAAAACUUGAUAAAGCAUCUCCUAGGCAGAUCAGACAAUUGGAUUUUAUAGCCCAAUUUUCUUCUGAUAUUAUUUAUAUUUCAGGCAAGUUAAAUUUUGUAGUCGAUGCUUUAUCAAGAA